AUGGGCGAGAACAAGCUGUUCGUGGGUUCCCUACCCCCCGACAUCCAGAAGGAGGAGGUCGAGUUUGUCUUCAAGACGUACGGUACUGUCACUGAUGUGCAUGUCAUCGCUGGUGACAGAAAUCGAUCGCAAACCGGACAAGCUUGCGCCUUCGUAAUGUACGAGAGCCGAGAAGCUGCAGAAACAGCAAUCCAGGCUUUGAACAGCGUCUACAAGAUCCGGGAAGAUGCAGAGAAUGCUAUCCAGGUGAACUGGGCGAGAUCAAGCAAAGGAGGAAAAGAUGGAGGAAAAGGCGGCGGCGGUGGUGGCUGUGGCUGGAGCAAUGGAUAUGGCAAGGGCGACGGCGGGCACUACGGCGGCUAUGGCGGCGGCGGCGGCGGCUUUGGCGGCGGUGGCAUGCAGGGCGGCCUCGGCGAAUCUUGGGACAGCUGGGGCAAGGGAGGAGGUGGAGGCGGAGGAGGCUGCUAUGGAGGCAAAGGCGGCGGUGGCGGCUGGGAUGAUGGUAAAGGUGGCAGUGGCAAAGGUGGGACGAGGCUGUUCGUAGGCAACUUGCCCCCGGAUGUCACUGAUGACCAGCUACAGUACGUCUUCAAAGCAUAUGGCAACGUGCUCAAGACUUUCAUCAUGUCCGGGAAGUCAAAGAGCGGCCAAAAUUGCGCCUUUGUAGAGUACGAGCUGUCUGACGAGGCAGAGACAGCAAUACAGACCUUGCACGAGAAAUAUGAGAUCAAGCCAGGUGCUGGCCCGAUCUUCGUGAAGCGGGCACGGAGUAAUCGGAUCCUGGAUAUCUUGGACCUGGACCCAGCUGAGCUUGCCAGCGAUGAGAACUCACCCCUGUCCUUCAUACUGGGCAACAGUUUGGACACAGCAGUCAAGUAUGGCCUUGACACGAGCUUCGGCUUCAUCCAAACAGUCUGCGCUAUCAUUGGGACGGUUACCGUGACAAGUGCUGCAAAGCGAGCAAUGUAUCCCCAAGCACGCCCGGUUGAGCCUUUGUUCAAUCGACUUCGCAUGGAAGGCGGCCCAUUACCACCGACAUCUCAGCACGUAUGGUUCUCCACCGAUCCUUACAAGCUGCUGAGACACAAUCGGAUUGUCGUCCUACAGGGGGAGUCCCAAAGUGGCAAAACUAUGCUGCUGCGGACUGCUAUACCAUGGUCAAGACGCUGGACCAUUUGGCCCUUGAGCUGGAUUUGCUGGCGAGGCUUGUACAUGAAUGGUGGCGAAGCGCAUCGCCAAGACAGCUUCGGACAGUGGAUCACUUUCCAGAUGUUCGGCACCCUCGUGAGAGGCGGCUCGGAGGUCAAGCAAUGUGUCUGGGCUUACAGGAAGCAGCAGUGGUUCUGCCUCCUGAUGGAGAAGCUCCGAAUUCCGCUACCACUUCUUCUACCUAAGCCGGUGUUCGUCAUUGUGGACAAUUUUGAAGAGGUUCUGCGGAAAUAUCCGGAACAAGCCAUGGCUUGGGCCGACGCCAUCGUUCACAGCCACAGCCGGAACAACUAUGCCCGUGUCAUGUUCGUGGUGAACUCUGACUACGGUGCCGAAUCCCUGCUGAAUCUGGCCACUCGCGGGGUGCAUUUCGAAAGAAUCUACAUGGAGCCUCCCAAAGAAGACUGGAGGUAUGCACGGGCAGACAGGGAGCUGCUGAAGCAGUGCGGCUCCAAUGUCGGCCUGUACUGGAAGGUUCUACGGCGACUACACAACGGAAGCCUUGACCGAUGUGAGGUUGACCAGUUCGUGAAGGAGACCCGCGCUCGCUGGAAGCGGGACUUCAGUCUCCCAUUUCCUGUUUGGCCACAUCAGUCGUGGUUCAACUUAUCGCUGACACAGGCGAAGUGCGAACUUGCCAAAGGCUUGGCCGUGCUCUUGGAGUCUGAAUACAGGACGCCAGAGCAGAAUUUCAUCCGCGUAAACAAGAUUCUGGAGGUCGUGAUUCCCCAGUUGGAACUGCUGGACUCGACGCAGCUCUUCGACACCUCGAUGGCCGACUGGACCAGGUCUCUUUCCAACGAGGGCACAAUGAAGGCCCUUCUAUCGUGGCAGGAGGCCAAGGUUGUUGCGAAGCACCUUCGGCGCCUUAUGGGGCGACCUGUGGGCACGACGCGUCGAGCCGGACCCAAAGCAGCUUUUGUCAUGCUGCCAAAUUCGGGUCUUCUCCCUCGGGUGGGCGCGGCGGCGCCCAGCUUCUAUCAUGAGAGGGAUCAUGCGCUCCAGUGUGUGUAUUUCGGCCGCAGCCCACAGCCGCGAAAAGCCUUGCACUGGGGGUUCCGUGAUGUUCAGGACCAAGAGCCGUGCAACCGGAAUGCGAGGAUCCUGAUCUUGGCGCCGACUCUGCAGCGCGGGAAGGCCAGGCUCCUGGAGGCUCAGCUCCUGGAGGAGUGCCAUGCCGAGGGCGGUCAGUGCCUUCGUCGUGCCUCGCGCCUGUCGGAGCGCUAUGCAGACCUCGUGGCGUUAGAAGCGCCGCAUGAGCAGGAGGUCACGAUCAUCCUGAAUCAUUGGCAGCGCCCCGCCGAGAACCUCUUCGGACAGCUCAGGGCAGCUGCAGCUGUGCCAGAAGCGAGUGAGGUGUGGCUUUGUGUCUUCGGAUCGCCCAUGGCUGCUGAAUAUCAGGCGGUCGUGGAUGACUUCCGCAGCAACGGGGGCAGCAAGGUCAAGCUGAUAUCCAGCGAGGUGGACUUCGGUGUCUACGGCCGCUUCUUACUGGCCUCAGCGGCAAGAACGAGGUACGUGUACAUAGUGGACGACGACGUCUCUUUCCCUGUCUCUGCCAUAGGCCAGUAUUUGCGCCACAUCCGCAAACAGCCGGGAGUUUGGGGGCAUGCUGGACACAUCCGACGGGCUGACCCAGAGACGGCGAGAUGGGUGGACCGGCCAAAGAAGCCGGUUGCUGUUGACUACGCCAAUGCCGCGUGGUUCUUGGAAACACGGUGGAUCGCCUCGGCAUUCUUACGUGAGCCCCCGCUCUCUCGACUGACCGGCGAAGACAUGCACUUGAGCUACAUGCUCCGGAAAGUACUAGGACUGCAGACCUGGGUCGUCGGCUGGAAGCGUGACAAGCAUCCACUCAGCCGCUACCGGCUGAGCAUGACUGACCGGACGACCUUGACUCCACCGAUCUUCUCUUUCAGAUCCUUUUUGGCCCGAGCUCAGAUGGCACGAGGACCCGCACUGAGGUAUCCUCCCAGCUUGGAUGCUUUGGCUUUUGUGGAGACCGUGGAUCAGGUACAGCGCGUGCUGAAAAUGGUGCGCCAGUGUCCGAAGGCCUCCGGACGACCCGACAGCCUGGCGCUGCUUCACACAGGAUUGCCUACCACAGACGUGGAGGCUCUGGCUGCAGAUAUUUGUGCAGAGCUGGCAACCCCUUGCUUCUUCGUCCCGUUUGAAGUUUGUGGUGAGGUUUGCGAAGAAAUGGGCUUCGCCCGUGUGACGACCCUGAACAUGCGGGUGGGGCGGCCCGCCCUCAGUUUCAACGACACUGCGAGCCUGGGUUUUCUUGCAGCAGAUGCACUGGAGGCGGUGUUUGGUCUCCUACAAGAACUUCGUGUGGCAAAGCUGUGGUUGCCCUGCGAAGAGACCUGGACCUCCCGAGCCGUGCGCCUGGCCGCCGAGCUGUACAAGGAGGAGGAAUCAGGUGAACUUGUCACCGUCCUCGUCCCAUGUCAAGAUGCGCAAUCUUGGCUUCGUGAAGACUUUAACUACGCUGGUUCUUGCGAAGCACUGGAGGGGGGAAAAAGACCGGUCAGUGGCUCACCACUGCGCCAUCCCAGUAGCACCGAAUCCUCGGAACCAGCCAACUCAGGGAUCCAAGGGUCCAAGUCUUCCGAGCAUUGGGUUGGACCGUCCGAGUCCAAUCACCACAUGGGAUCAGUUGCCCGGGCAUGA